AUAUAUUUUAUUUAUGUAAGAGCACAGUCAGUUAUGUCUUGUGUGUUUGUUGAGUGUAUUUUACGUAACCACAGGUUUGAUGUUGUUUUGCAAGCGUCAGUAUAGACCAGGCACCCCCAAACUUCGGCCCUCCAGAUGUUUUGGACUACAAUUCCCAUCUUCCCCAACCACUGGUCCUGUUAGCUAGGGAUCAUGGGAGUUGUAGGCCAAAACAUCUGGAGGGCCGCAGUUUGGGGAUGCCUGGUGUAGACAGUCUUAGAUGAAUCAAAGGACCUUACUCAGUAUGGCAGCUGCCUAUGUUCCUAAUGUGUUCUGUGCAUGCUCCAUGAUCAUGGGAUGCUGGCAGACAGAUAUAGCAGAAAUGGGGUGGCAGGAAAGCUUUUAAAAUGAGCACUGCAUACUACAAUAUCUUAGUUGUGAUUUCAUAAAUAUCAGACUCCCUCACCCUAGUUACCUCCCCAUCCCAAUUUAGAAAGUCCCAAACAUUUAGCCUCUCCUUAUAAAGAAGACACGGGUGGUGUUGUGGGUUAAACCACAGAGCCUAGGGCUUGCAGAUCAGAAGGUCGGCGGGUCGAAUCCCCGCAACAGGGUGAGCUCCUGUUGUUUGGUCCCAGCUCUGCCAACCUAGCAGUUCGAAAGCGCGUCAAAGUGCAAGUAGAUAAAUAGGUAUCGCUACAGCAGGAAGGUAAACGGCGUUUCCAUGUGCUGCUCUGGUUCGCCGGAAGCGACUUUGUCAUGCUGGCCACAUGACCUGGAAGCUGUACGCUGGCUCCCUCGGCCAAUAAUACGAGAUGAGCGCCGCAACCCCAGAGUUGGUCACGACUAGACAUUAAUGGUCUGGGGUCCCUUUACCUUUACCUUUACAAAGAAGAGGUGUUCCAGUCCCACUGAUCAGUUUGGCCUACUCCUCUCUGCCGUUUCUCCAACUAUCCUUUUUUUGUGUUUUAAAUUAAAACAGGGCAGCUGGACCUGUGGCCCCCACUCCCACUGAAUUAACUGGGCAGUUUCCACUCACACUUUUCAAGCAGCCCUGCUCAAAUCACAUUUGAUUACCGAUUCAUAUCCGUAUAUGGUAUCAAGGAAAUGAGUUUUCCCAUUUGGAUCCUGAAGAGUCCCGCGUUUCCAUUACAGCACUUUGCCUUACUGUACUGAUAACUGUUGCUAGCAAAGCGUUAGAUUUCCUGUUAUUUUUGUGCGCGCGCGCACGUUUCCUUUGGCUUGAUUGGCAAACUAAGAGGUUCCACGCAUUUUUAAAAUUUAUUUUACUGGUGGUCUCUUGGGAUGCGCGGGUGGGACUGGAGCAGCAACAUGUGUUUCGAGCCCAGGGUGGCGGCGCGGUUUGGGGGGUGGGGGUUUCGGUUUAGCCCACAGCCCCCCAAGCAGCCCCCUGCCUUUCACUUUCGGAGGGCGGUCGCUUCUGUCUCUGGCGAGGUUCUUUUUCUUUGGCAUAGACGCCGCUCGUUUCCUCCUGAGCGCUUUUCAGGAAGGCGCGCCGCGAGACGGCGGAAGGCUGGAGGGCGUCAGUCGAGCUCGGCGAGCCUCUGGUGGGCGUGCCUCGUCCAAGCUUCACCGCUCCAGCCGCCCGCCCCCCCCCCUCGCACACACGCCCAGGAGGCGGCGAAAGCCAGGCAGCCUAGUGCUGUGCCUGGCCAGGCAGGGGGACUCCGACAACCUCGCUACUCGGCUACGGAGGUUUAGGGCGCUGGCUGGGUGUCGAGGGCGCAGGAAAGAACGUGGCCACCAUGCCUGGCAGCGACACCGCCCUGGCCGUGGACAGGACCUACUCGGACCCGGAGAGGCACCGGCGCUUCAAGACUCGGGUGGAAAGACAUGAUAUGAAUACCCUCAGCCUGCCUCUUAAUAUUCGCCGGGGAGGUUCGGACACCAACCUCAACUUUGACGUACCUGAUGGUGUGUUCGAGUUUCACAAAGUAAAACUCAAUGCAGACAGUUUGAAGCAAAAGAUUCUGAAAGUUACGGAGCAGAUCAAAAUAGAACAAACAGCUCGGGAUGGGAAUGUGGCAGAGUAUUUGAAGCUCGUGAACAGUGCGGACAAGCAACAAGCGGGGCGAAUUAAACAAGUAUUUGAAAAGAAGAAUCAAAAGUCUGCCCAUUCCAUAGCCCAGUUGCAGAAGAAAUUGGAGCAGUAUCACAGAAAACUCAAAGAGAUAGAACAAAAUGGUUCCUCCAAAAGUACCAAGGAUACUUCCAAAGACAGCCUGAAGGAAAUCCAACAUGCUCUGAAAGAUGCUCAUGGUAAAUCUCGUACUACUGGCCAGAGCAAUGAGAGCAGCAAAACAGGUGUUCCAGGGGUCUCCUUGACACCACCAGUGUUUGUUUUCAGCAAAUCCAGAGAAUUUGCAAACCUGAUCCGGAAUAAAUUUGGUAGUGCUGACAAUAUUGCUCACUUAAAGAGCAGCCUGGAUGAUUUUAGGCCAGAAACUACUUCCAGGGCCUAUGGUGGAAGUGCUACUAUAGUGGCCAAGCCAAAAUACACCAGUGAUGAUGAGUGCUCAAGUGCAACAUCUGGCUCUGCGGACAGCAAUGGAAACCAGUCCUUUGGCCAUGGUGGGACAAAUGUUCUGGAAAGCCAUGGGAAACUAUCAAUUCUCUUUGAGGGACUGCGGGAAAUAAAGGAAGCACAAUCCCAGUUGGCAGAUGACAUUGAGAAUUUAAAAGUACAAUUCAAAAGAGAGUAUGGCUUUAUUUCUCAAACGCUGCAGGAGGAAAGGUACAGGUAUGAGCGAUUAGAAGACCAGCUGAAUGAUCUAACGGACCUCCACCAGCACGAGACAGCCAACUUGAAGCAAGAACUUGCUAGUAUUGAAGAAAAGGUGGCCUAUCAGGCCUAUGAACGGUCGCGAGAUGUUCAGGAAGCUUUGGAAUCUUGCCAAACACGGGUAUCUAAGCUGGAGAUUCAUCAACAAGAACAGCAGGCCCUGCAGUCAGAAACCGUUAAUGCCAAAGUCUUGCUGGGGAAAUGUAUAAACGUAGUCCUGGCCUUCAUGACCGUAAUCCUAGUGUGCGUCUCCACCAUAGCAAAGUUCAUAGCUCCUAUGAUGAGAAGCCGUUUCCAUAUCAUUUGCACCUUCUUCGCAGUAACUCUUCUUGCAAUUUUAUGCAAAAACUGGGAUCACAUUGUCUGUGCCAUAGAAAAGAUGAUCAUACCAAGAUGAAUCCACAAUGCCCAGAGCAUUUUUGUUUUUAAAAGAAGAAAUACAUCUAAACAAACUACCAAAUCUUUAAUUUUGCAGUUUACCUGUGCAGACUAGAUGAAGACUUUUCUAUUGGGUAUUAAAAUGUGAUAGUGAUAAUUCCUGGCAGUGUAUUUCACCUCGUCAGCCACCUUAUAUGAAAUGAGGUGAAUCUGUUAUCAACUAAUUACUUGUGUAAAUCUUUCUGCCUUAAUCCAAUCUACUUUUUCUACGCUGCAGAAAUCCUAAAUGGUCAAGUCUUGAAUACAUGAUCUUAACUAGACUGGGGUUUAGGAGAAGUAUAAUAGAAAUAAAAAACAGCAAUCCUAGUUGGGAGGUUCCAUUUUCAUGAACAGUCACCUGCAUCAUUCCACUUUACAUAGUACAGUAGCUACUGUUCCCUAUGCAUAGUACAGUAGCUACUGUUCCCUAUCCCUAUGCAAACAGUAAGCUGAGAUUUACACACCUUGGAGAAAUGCUGGUCAUAUUUUCAGCAUCUCCUGAAGACAGAUAUUUAUAAGGUAGAAACUGUGAUGGAGUUUAUUAUCUCUAUUGCCUGCUGCUGACAUUGGCCCAAUAAUCAGAUAAUUCUUACUUAAACCUGCCCCAAAAUUGUUUUGCCUUACAGAUUAGUUUAUAUUAAAUAUUAUAUUCCAUUCCACUUUUGUUUCAUGAUCUUAAAAACGUAUACUGUCCCAACUGUUGAAUAAAUGACGACCUGCCAAUCAUGUGGUCCAAACAUGGAUAUUUAUCUCUUUUCGAGAAAUCUAUGUUGUCUAAUGGGAACUACUUUUUGGCUGAAAUGCAGUAAUAGGAGUUACAUCCCUUUAGGAACCUGCAGCUGUCUAGUGACUGAUGUUGUCAUGGGUAAAUAAGAACAACAGCAUGCAGUCCAAACAGCCAAAUCUUUUUGGCUUUUGUUUUCAUUUUUCCUGUCCAGUUUUUUUAAAAAACUUUUAAACAUUAAAAUACAUUGAUGUAUUUCUCUGGUGAUAAUUUGUGAUGCUCUCCCAACAUCUAGCUAUAGCAGAGCAGUAUUCUCAAAUCAUUGUCUUUAGCCUAAAAUAAUACCGCAAUCACUGUGAGGUUUGUAUUGAAAUAAAACUUCAUGUAUGACAAUACUUGUAUAAAAUAUGUGAAUAAAUAUGGUUAGGAUGUGAAAAGGUGAGAAAUACAUUAGUGGUGCUUUUUUUUGUUUUAAAAAAUGAUGAAAAGGCACCUGCCAAUUUAAUUAUCAGCACUGGUUGCAGAAGAAUGUUGUAACAGUAAUUUGUUUGAAUUGUAAUGAAUUACCCUGUCACACAUCUCCCAUUAAUUUUAAUGGGGUUCACACUAGAGAAUGAUGAAACUGUUAGUUUCAGUUUCUCAUGAGUUUCACAUUUUUAUAAUUUUAAGUUUAGUUUACCACAUUUCUGCAUCCAUUUGCUAUUUUAUGUUUUGGCUAUGCAUUUUACAGUGAUGCACAUUUUCCCCUAAUAUAUGCAUUUUUGUACACAUCUUUGGGUUGGAGAACUGCGUCGUGAAAAUAACAGAACUGUGAAUUUUGAAAGCUACCUGUAUUUAAAUUCACGUACAUUGUUUCAGGAAGUGUGAAUAAGGUAUGUUCACAUUGGGCUCAUCCAGACUGUAGUUUAAUGGGAACAGUAAGUUUUCCUGCACUUUCAUUAAUUUUCCAUUGUCCAUAUGAUGUUCUCCUCCAAAUCACUGACCUCCCUCAGUUUGGAUUCUUUCAUACCAGGGAUGCUCCAGAAGGAGAGGGCAUGAGAAAAUCUGGAGGAGGAUAGACUGUGACUUGGAGGAGAAUGCUAUGUGGACAAAGGAAAAUGAAUGGAGGUACAGGUAGGUUGAGAUUAAACAAGGGCAUGGAUACGUCCAUUAAGAUGUGAACCAAACCGGAUUUCUCCCUCAUCUCUACCUCACACAGGAGAAAAUGUGCUCCAAGGGCACUUCCAGCUGGAGGCAUCUGCCUAUGAAUGUAAUUGUGCAGAAGCCUAGCACUGUGCUGUUGCCAGCCUGCUAUAGUAAGAACCCUGCCCGUCAUGGAAGGAUCAGGGCUAGUGUUUACUUAGCAGUUUUAGUGCUAGGAAAGCAAUAGUGGCAGCACUUGCGAGAAUUAUAUUUUGCUGAAAAGUGAAGGCUUAGUAAAGGCUGUGCAGUUCUCCUGAGAAAAGCCCAGAGUUUGGAAAGCCCCCUUGAGGCUUGGCAUAAUUUCAGGAGCUAAUUUGCUAACGAUGUAAAUACUGGUAAAGUUUGCACUUUAAAAAUGGUUUUAAAAAUCAGUAUGUGCAAUGUUUUAUUUUCGCUUUUUAAAAAAACAAAAAACAAAUCUGGAACUGAACUUGCUGAUGACAAAGACUAAGACAUCGUCUAUAUAUACAGCAGUGCUAACUAUAUCAGUAAUCCAGAAGACAAUGGAGACAACAGGCAUAUAUUAUUUUAAAAAGUCCUCCAUUUUACUAUUUAUUCCCCAAUAUUCCAUUAUCGUUGCAUUAAAAUCUCUAAUUUGAGGAAGGAUGAAUGUGGAUAAGUGUACUGGGUCUGUCCCCCUCCAGUGUCAGAGCCUGUGGAGGCAUUGACCCCCAUGCAACUGUGGGAAGAACUUCUCAAGUGAAGAGUCUGGUUUUACACACAUAAGCUCCCUGCAUGGGAUGUUGAUGGUUCCCACAAGGAGCUUCACCUAGUAGAAGAGGUCCCUCCUGCAGAUGUUUGCCUUCCCAAUACAGUGGUGCCUCGUAAGACGAAUUUAAUUUGUUCUGCGAGUCAAUUCGUUUUGUGAAAAAUUUGUCCUGCGAAUCGUGGUUU